AUGGUAGGAAUGGAACCGCUCCACGAGCAGAGUCUUUUAAAGAUGCUCUUCGGGUUAGAGAUUGAUCGAGGACGACUACGCGGCUUGAAACUAGAUGAUGAGUCCAGUCAAACCGUACACCGAGGAUUUGGGCUUCUGUGGGAUUUUCUGGAGACCUGUGGACUGAAAGCUAGUUACCAGAAUGGUGUGGUGAGCCGGUGUGAAGAAAUGGACAAGGAGAACCAGCUGCGAUGGUUUCAGCACCGUGAUAUCAAAGCCUCCGAAACAGAGGAUAUGCUCCAGAUUUGGAAUGUAUUAAAAUCCUUACUUCUGAAGCACUCUGCGCAGAGACAGAUACGAAAACAAGGACUGGAACAGCACGGUGGGGAAAACGUCGUUGUUUUCAUGAAAUGUGGACUAGGAGAGAUUCAGCAAUACUUCACCGGGACAAAUGACACCGGGAAGCCGUUUUGGGAUGGAUCGAGCAUUGAUGGGUUUUUUGGGGCAGCUUGCCUAGAAUGGCAAGAUAAAUAG